GUUCAUCAUACUACCGUCGCGUCUCGAGUCUCUCGACCUUCGCCUUGAGCCCAGCAGUGUCUGUUGAACUGUACGGAGUGAGUAGUGUUCAACUUUCUUCCACUGAAGAAGCAAGAUUCUUGUUAUAUUUUGUCAGAUACUGCAUUACUUUGAAUUUUACUCAUUUCAAAAAGCGAUGGGUCUUGGAACCUACUCAUGAACGCUCUGAAAACCAGGAUAUCAUCCACAUCCAGAUCAGGCUAAAAAAAUAAGUACUAAUUAUGGUUAUGAUAUUUUCUUGCAUAAUAGCCUGGCGUCUGUUCCCAAAUAGGACUACAUAUGCUUUACGUUGCCAUGAGACGCUGAACUAAAGAACAAGGAAACAGGAGCAAAUCAGAGUAAAUCAGCCGUAAAUAGAGUCAUUUUUUAAAAAAACAACAGGAUGGACGAAAAUCCACCACCCCCGAGGACAUGCUGCUCCGCAACUCUGAAACAGGUACUAUGCGGCUUCAUUGUAUCGGCUGGUAUGGUUCAAGCAGGGCUAGUCACUGGAUGGCCUGCAGUGUUACCAGACCUCCAAAAUGACACCUCGGCUGCAUUCAACGUCACUGAUGAUGAUGUAAAGUGGAUAGUGUCUUGCACAAGCAUCGUGGGCAUGGCCACCAACCUCCUGGCAGGAUCCAUGAUGGAGUGGGUAGGCCCGCGACUCCUGCUCUCUCUGCUCCUCAUGCCCGCGUCGGGCUUCUGGCUCCUGCAGUGCUUCGCGCCCAACCUACCCAUCUUCUACAUGGGUCGCCUGGGCGGGGGAUUUGUCGCGAGCGUCUUCACUACCCUCACCAAUCCUCUGAUGGCGGAGUUGGUCGAGCCCCACCUUCGUGGGAUGCUCAGUUGUCUGCCGGAGUUGGUUGUGUCCUCCGGGGUCUUGGUGGUCUACGUCCUUUCGUACGUCCUGCCCUGGCAGGUCGUCACGGGACUCUGCGCUUUGCCCUUCCUGCCGCUCUUCUGUCUCUCCCUCGUCAUACCUGAGUCACCCUUCUGGCUCGUGAGGAAGGGCAAGUUAGUAGAGGCUGAGAAUGCACUGCAGAAACUGAGAGAUCCCAGGAAGAAUGUGGCGAGGGACGAGCUCCCCAGCAUUCGCACCAGUAUAAUGAGUCAUCCGCAAACGACGGUCAUGGAUCAGAUAAAACAACUGCGAGUGGAUUACCACGCUAAACCAGUCAUCUUACUGGUAGCUAUAUUUAUCCUGCGUGAAUUGGGAGGCCAGCUGGCGGUGUUUUCAUACACUGUGUACCUGUUCCAGAAAGCUGGCGUCGAAAUCGAAGUGUUCACGUGCACGGUCUUGGUGGGAAUUGUGCGUCUUCUCGCUACAGCUACGUCAUCCAUCCUUGUUGACAAACUUGGCCGAAGGCCGUUUCUGUUUGGUACUUUCCUGGUUUGCGGCAUUGCCCAAACAACUGGUGGAGCCUUCCUCCUCGCCGACAUUCCAGGCACUGACUGGGUACCGCUAGUGGCAGUGCUGAUCUUCGUUCUGGCCUACGGCCUCGGAGUGGGACCUAUACCGUGGAUCUUGUUGGGAGAGCUGAUACCAACGCCAGUCCGUUCCAUCGGGGCUUCCAUAUGCACAUUUAGCUUUUGCGCUUCCCAGUUCUUUGUAGGAGUCCUGUUCCCCGAGCUGAUGGCGACACUGGGCGUGGGUGGAAGUUUCUUGGUGUUUUCCGGUGCCAAUUUCUUAACGAGCAUCUUCACCUUCGUGUUUUUGCCAGAGAGCCGCGGUCGGUCACUGCACCAGUUGCAAGAAGUCUUCAGCACCCGGACAUCCAGGAGACCUCUCAUCAAUGUUGCGUCCAACGAGGCCUCCGAAGAAGUUAACGAUUCGAGUUAGACUGGCUGGACCAGUCGUUUUCGUACUCACGUUCCAAAUACAUACCUUUUAUUUUUAUAUAUAGUACCAGUGUGUGUCCGCUUGAUGUGAUGAGAUGAUCUUUUAUAUAUUUUAAAAGUAUGUCUGUAUAAAAUUUUGUACCCUUGAUGUGAUGAGAUGAUCUUUUAUAUAUUUUAAAGUAUGUCUGCUUAAAAUUUUGUCCACUUGAUGUGAUGAGAUGAUCUUUUAUAUAUUUUAAAGUAUGUCUGUAUAAAGUUUUGUCUUUAGCAAGAAUGCUUUGCAACCUUGUAAUACUCGCAUAUUCUAAAACAUUCUUUAAACGUGAAUUUUUUUAUUU